AUGGCAAAUAAACAAAAUUUAAUUAAUUAUACCGAAGAAUUAAUAGAUGUGAUUGAUAUGCAAGAUUCUUGCAUUAUCAAUUCAGUGGAAGUGGACAGUGAAAAUUUUAAUGAUGAAAUUGAUCUUCAACAAUUUCUUCAAACCAUAAAUAUGGAGUCCCUGUUCGAAACAUUGAAAGCUGCCAAUGUCACAUACAGGAGUUUGCCGUAUAUAACAAACGCGGACCUAACAGAAGCUAUUCCACAUUUGGGGCUACGUGCGGAAUUCCGUAGCAAACUAGUUACAUGGAGAAAAACUGAGCUAGGAGUUGACAAUGAGCCCUCAAAGGUCCAGUUAUGGAUUGACAACAAUGAUGACAUGUCCCCAAGCAGUUCAUUCACUAACAAUAAAAAUUUAUUGCAGGAUUUGAAGACAUUGAUAAAUUCAUCACCAAAAGGUAGAGAUAUUCUAAAAUACGCGGCUGAAUCCCAAAAAUUAACAUGUCAGCAAAGGGAAGACAUAGUUAAUAUCAUAAUAGAAGAUGUCAUCUAUAAAAACACUGUGCUUUAUCCAAAUGACUUUCAAAAGCUAACCGCGGAAAUUUGCUCCCUGUUUCCCUCUGAAAAUAAUAUGAAGGAUUUUUAUUAUAUUCCGAGAAAAGGAAAAACCAAUGCUGGUGGAAAAUUGUAUUCCAAGUACAGGAACAAAUGUGCAAAAAAAAGGAAACUUAUGGGGUCUACUCCGAGCUUCAGUCCUACAACUAGUCAAUCAUCUGACAUAGAACACGUGGAAUAUGAUGAAUCAAUAUCUGUAGCUUUAAAAAACACACUUAAUAGAGACAGUUCCAAUUGGGAAGAAGUUUGUGACAAGUGGAAAAAAACAUAUCAUAUGCGCCAAAAUGAUAUAAAAAACUUAACGAGUCUUGAUUUUCUUAAAGCUUGGUCCAAAUUAUCUGAUUCUCGAGCUCCGGAAUUGAUAAACAUCGACUUUGAUGCAAUGUACCCCAAAAAAGGACAUCUUCUGUUUUCGAAAUGGGAAUUAUUUAAACAAAAAAUUAAACCAUUUUAUGACAUUCAUGUGCACAAUGAAUAUUGUAAACAAUUACAAUCGAAAAUUACAUCGUCUAUAAGUACAGAUUCAGAGGAUUAUAUAUACACUUUGCUGUUAAAUGCUGUUUUACCUUCACCAGCAAGAUUUAAAAACGAAAUGGGAAAACGAAAUAAACGAGUAACAAUAGUUGACUCCCAAGAAAGUUUUGUUUUGCGAUUGACGUGUAUAAAUGAUUAUGAAAGACAAAUCAAUACAGUAAUAAACAAAUAUUAUUCUGCUGGAUUAACAAUACAACCAUUCAUCAUCGUAGAGGGUUUAACCGACGCGGACAUAAAAGGUUUUUAUGUAUAUUUUAAUAGCAAUUUACUAAAAUUAAAUUCUUUUAUUGAGUGUCUGGAUAUUUGCUUUAAAAUUUUUCAUACACUUUCAUUAAAAUAUCCGGAAGCUUGUGAACAGCCAUGGCAAUUUAUACAAAAAUUUUUUUAUGAUAUUUAUACACAAUUUGAUUUAAAAUCUGUAAAUAUUACUUCUCUUAUCAGUUUUUUAAAUACUAAUAAUUGA